AUGCAGACCUACACAGGCCCCUUCGUUUAUUAUGUCAAGUCGUCGUUGCUGGAAGAGGACAUCCGAGCCAUCCUGCAUUACAUGGGCUACGUGCCCGAGUUAGGGACUGCGUACAAACUCAAAGAGCUUGUGGAGACCCUCCAGGUGAAGAUGGUCUCCUUUGAGCUCUUUCUGGCCAAGGUGGAGUGUGAGCAGAUGCUGGAAAUCCACUCACAAGUCAAGGACAAGGGCUACUCCGAGCUAGACGUGGUGAGCGAGCGCAAGAGCAGCGCAGAGGACGUGCGGGGCUGCUCGGAGGCCCUGCGGCGCCGGGCUGAGGGCCGGGAGCACCUGACGGCCUCCAUGGCCCGCGUGGCGCUGCAGAAGUCAGCCAGCGAGCGGGCGGCCAAGGACUACUACAAGCCACGGGUGACCAAGCCCUCGAGGUCGGUGGACGCCUAUGACAGCUACUGGGAGAGCCGGAAGCCGCCCCUGAAGGCCUCGCUGAGCCUGCGGAAGGAGCCGGUGGCUGCAGACCUGGGCGAUGGCCUCAAGGACGAGAUCAUCCGCCCGUCCCCCUCGCUCCUGGCCGUGUCCAGCUCCGCCCACGGAAGCCCGGAUGACCUGCCGCCCCCCUCGCCGAACAACGGUCUGGGCCCGCUGCGUGGCACGUACUUCUCCGCUCAGGAUGACGUGGAUCUGUACACGGACUCGGAGCCGAGGGCCGCGUCCCGGAGGCAGGACGCCCUGCGGCCGGACGUGUGGGUGCUCAGAAAUGAUGCCCACGCCCCCUACCACAAGCGCUCGCCCCCCGCCAAAGAGUCCGCCCUGUCCAAGUGCCAAAACUGCGGUCUGUCCUGCAGCUCCUCCCUCUGCCAGCGCUGCGACGGCCUGCUUGCCGGUCCCCCGGCCCCCAGGCCCGGCGCCUUCCCCAGCAAGGCCUCUGCCCACGACAGCCUGGCCCACGGGUCGUCUCUGCGGGACAAGUACGCGGGCCAGACUCAGGCCCUCGACCGGCUGCCGCACCUCCACCCAAAACCCAAGCCCUCGGCCACAGCCACCUCCCGCUGUGGCUUCUGUAACCGCCCGGGUGCCGCCAACACCUGCACCCAGUGUUCAAAAGUCUCCUGCGACACCUGUCUCGGCGCCUACCAUUAUGACCCCUGCUGCAAAAAGAGUGAGCUGCACAAGUUCAUGCCCAACAACCAGCUGAACUACAAGUCCACCCAGCUCUCCCAUCUCGUGUACAGAUAG